CGAAGAGUUUUUGCACGUGGAAACAUGGCGGACAAUGAAGUUACGCCUCGUAAGAAGCAGAAAAAAGACAAGCAUAGGGUUCGGGAAGAAGAUGCGGGUUCUGCAAAGAAAGAAAAAAAGGUGAAGAGCGCGGUAGCUGAUCUGGACUCGUCGAAUCAUCUAGGGGAAACUCAACAUGAAGAGGAUUUUCAUUUAAAGCCAACAUCUGCUGCUGGUGUGUUGGACACAUCAAAAUGGCCUUUAUUGCUCAAGAACUAUGAUAAGUUGAAUGUGAGAACUGGCCAUUUUACUCCAUUACCAAAUGGAUGUUCUCCUCUUAAGAGAGAACUAAAGGACUAUGUGUCGAGUGGGUUUAUAAAUCUUGACAAGCCAGCAAAUCCCUCAUCUCAUGAGGUGGUGGCAUGGAUACGAAGAAUUCUUCGAGUGGAAAAAACUGGGCAUAGUGGUACUCUUGAUCCAAAAGUGACAGGAUGUCUAAUAGUGUGCAUUGAAAGAGCAACAAGACUUGUCAAAUCCCAACAGGGAGCAGGAAAAGAGUAUGUCUGCAUUGUGAGGCUCCAUGAAGCAAUUGAAAAUGAAUCAGAAUUAGCCAAGACAAUAGAGAUGCUUACAGGAGCCUUGUUUCAGAGACCCCCACUGAUAUCUGCAGUUAAACGACAGCUUAGAAUAAGAACAAUAUAUGAAAGCAAAUUAAUUGAGUAUGAUCAGGAACGGCAUCUUGGGGUGUUUUGGGUGAGCUGUGAGGCUGGUACUUACAUAAGAACACUUUGUGUCCAUAUUGGAUUGUUAAUGGGGAUUGGUGCUCAUAUGCAGGAACUCAGAAGGGUGCGUUCAGGAAUUCAGUCUGAAAAUGAUAACAUGGCCACCAUGCAUGAUGUUCUUGAUGCCCAAUGGAUGUAUGAUAAUUACAAAGAUGAAUCUUAUCUCCGCCGCUGCAUCAAGCCAUUGGAAGCUCUGUUAACUUCUCACAAGCGUCUGGUUGUUAAAGAUAGCGCUGUGAAUGCAAUAUGUUAUGGAGCAAAACUGAUGAUCCCAGGUCUACUGAGAUAUGAGUCUGGAAUAGAAAUGAAUGAAGAAAUUGUUAUCAUGACAACAAAAGGAGAAGCUAUAGCUCUUGGAAUUGCUCUUAUGACGACUGCUGUGAUGGCGGCUUGCGAUCAUGGUGUGGUUGCUAAGAUCAAAAGAGUUAUCAUGGAAAGAGACACUUACCCCAGAAAAUGGGGCCUGGGACCAAAGGCACUCCAGAAGAAACAGUUAAUUGCAUCUGGUAAAUUGGACAAAUAUGGCAAACCAAAUGAAAGCACACCCAAAGAAUGGAUGCAAAGUCACCCAGAUAUCAGUGUUGACAAAACUCCACUGAAGGAUGAACAAUCUGCCAGUUUACUUGUGACACCCAAGGAAGAACUCGUGCCUGGUGCUCCUGUGACACCCAAGGAAGUUGAGGAAGGGAGAAAGAGGAAAAGAGACACAGAGGGAAGUGAUGAAGAAAAGGAGACUCUAGGAAAGGAGAAAAAGAAAUCUAAAAAAGACAAAAAGAAAUCAAAAGAGAAAGAGAGCAGUGAUGAAGAAAAGAAAGAAAAGAAGAAGAAGAAGAAAAAGAAGAAAGAGAAAGAAAAAGUGAAAGAGUCUGAUUCAGACUCCUCUAAUUAAGUGUUCAGUGUUACCCACGUUUCUCCGCCAUUAGGUACAGUUACCUUUACAGCUUUCAUUGCAUUUGAGUAGUUUUCAAUGACUGCCCAAUGAAAUAUCUUCUUAUCAAUCAGGCUCAAGUCAUUUACCAGUUAAGUAAACAUGUGCAAGCAAUAGGAUAUGAAGCAAGUCAAUCACGAAUCACUUAUGACUGAAUAAGCUGGCUUAUGAUUGGUCCAUUGUUUUGUGCCUUUAAUAGGAUCUUGGGCCGGCAGUCAUCUGAUAAAGCUCUCAAUUCGUAUCACACGGUUAUUGGGAUGUACGCGAGGACAGUUAAUCACUGUAAUAUAAUACUAGUAAUUUUUUUUAUCUCAGCUCCUCUCUUGUGGAAUUGUGUUGUUUAAUAAACUCCAGCGAUAACUUGCCAUGUU